AUGCAAAAAUUGCAAACGGCAAGCAAAUAAUGGGGGGAAAAAAAACCUGUUUAUUUGGGGGAGGAGGAGAAAGGGCGGUUUCCGAUUGAAAAGUGACUUUCCGAACCCGGUGGCUACCCAAGCCGCCGCUAGGACGAACGAUCUCGGCGGAAAGAAGAAGGAAGUCCGGGGAAACGAAACAUCCCCUUUGUUUUGAGCGGAUUGAAAGUGAAAGCGGUGGCGGCAGGCUGGGCUGGGCUGGGCUUGGUUUGAUCUGGAGGGCUUCCUGGGCCGCCCUCCGUUGCCCGAGUGGGACGGAGCACCGACCUAAAGCUGGAGAAGGAACCGACCCUCAGCCUUCAGCACCAUGUACCGGAGGGAGAAGCAGGACGAGGUGGAGCUAGAAAAAAGUGUCCGCCGACUACGGGAGAAAUUCCAUGGAAAAGUGAGCAUCGUGGACGCGGUGAUUCUGAUGCGGACGUUCAACAACAAUCAUGACAUCGUCUGCAAGUACAUCAUCCUUGAUAUAAAACAAACAGAAGGUGUAGAGCCAGAAGAUGGAGAGAAGCUCAGCGGUGAUCCGAUAGCAUUGAAAGUAGUGAAUAAACUGAAGAAAGAAGAGGAGCAGAAUAAACAGGACAAGAAGGGCAAGGAUAAUAAGAAAAUUAAGGAGGUUGCUAAACAGCUGAUGCCCUUGACCAUGGAGAACUUACAGAUGUUCAAUAAUGCCGAAAACAAUCGCAUCCCUCCCGUUAACCGCCAGUUUUCCUGCCAACUCUGCGAUCAGAUGUGGUGGCGUAGGGUCCCAGAGAGAAAACAGGUAUCCCGUUGCCACCGAUGUAAGACCCGCUAUGAUCCGGUGCCAUAUGAUAAAAUGUGGGGCACAGCAGAGUUUAAAUGUUUAUCGUGUGGCCAUACUUUCAGGGGAUCAGCUCAGAUGGGGGCACCAUCUCCUUGCUUCCAGUGCCAUACACCUGUACUCCCAAGGUGUAUCCUCCCACCUCGAAAGUUCCAUGGAGGACCUCGAGGCAGACAGCAGCAUUCUUGCUUUGCAGAAGAUUGCUACAACCGAUCAGAGCCUCAUAUUCCUGGAACCUAUUGUGUUCAUCCACAAAGCCGGAUAAGGAAUCGCUUGCCAAAAGUCAUCUGUCCCAGCCUAGUGCACGAUAGCACUGGUUCCACAGUAGCCACUUGCAUAAGCCAAGGCAGCCUAUGUGUGGACAUUGACGACCUCAUCUUAGAGGAUCUGAAGGAACAGGAUGAGGAGAACGACAGCGAGGGCAGCAAUUAGCCAUCUGCAGGCUUGAGAUGCCAGCCAUCUUGCGAGAGAUGGACAGAAGGUUGCAAAUAAGGGGAAAUGGUAUUUGUAUGGGAUCUUAUUUUACAUUCUCCGGAGUUCUGUCCCUUUCUGUUUUAAUCAUGGAAAGCAAUUUGUUCGAGUCCAACUUUCAACUGGGGAAGCUUCGUCAUCACCAUUAAGCUCAUAGAGGUGCACUUUAUGCGACCAAAGUAUUAAAGAUCAUGGAAUUGGAACUGGGGGAUCCAUGUGGCAAGCAAUAACCCAAUAGAUGAAAAGAAUAAUUCUCAUUGUGAUAUAUUUUAAUUCUUGAAAUAUGAAACCAAACGAUCAAAUAUUUUUCUUAAUUAAAAAGGACAAGCAACCACCCUUCAAAGUACUUGCACAAUAAUAAUAAUAAUAAUGCUAUUGAAGUAUAACUUAUACCAUAUAUAAACCAUUUUUCUCUGUAAAUAUUAGAGCAGGACCGUCAAAUUUGCGGCUGGCGGGCCAAAUGCGUCACAUGCUGGCCACGUCCACGCCAGGUUUAGCAGAGGGGGGGGGGGAAAGUCCCAAUACAUCACGUGGCAACGUGAGAAUUAUCCUUUUUAAAGGGCAUGAGAGUGGGGAGGGAACCUAAUAUAUACAAUGCCUUACAAUUGAGAGCAUACUUCCUGAUUUUAAAAUUGAAAGCGUUAGUAUGUCUCCUUCUGUACUGAUCUUUUUUUUUAAAUCAGUGAUGAAUGCACAUAACAAAUUGCAAUGUAUCUUUUGUUGCCCUGGUAUAUUAAAAUGCAAAUUAAAAUAUU